CUCGGCAACACUGCAUGCCGAGCGCAUACUGUCGGUUUGAUACGUUUUAACCAUCUUGCUAGGCGUGACUCGGUUUUCUGUCUGUCAUUCGCCAUUGUGUUUACAGCGUGCUAGUGAAACGAAACAAUUUUGGAGUGGUUUUGUGAUUUAAAGUGCGAUAAAAGCGAAAAUGGAUGAGAUUCUGAACAUUCUGCAGGAAGAAGAUGUAAGAACAUACGAAGUGUUCCGUAAGUAUCUUUGAAUCACAAAUGAUUUUCAUUUUAGCUUCCGGUACCUGGUCUAAUUUGCUUCUUCUGUGGGGAAAAAGUGUUUGGCUAUGUAGAAGAACUUCAGCAUCAUACUAAUGCACAUAUUCGGCAACAGUACUUCGAUCCGGAUCGUGUGUUUUAUGAUUGUAUGGUACCAAAAUGUCGAUCGACAUAUAACCAUUUCAAAUCAUUAAAAAGGCACAUAUUGCAGCAACACCCACGUUCGCCCCAAAACACCCGGUGCUAAAAGAGAAACGCUCAAUGAGAUCCCAGACGAACCCGUAACAAAAAAAUCAAACCACAUUGAUAUGGAAACUGAUUUUGACACCAAUUCAUUUCCGGCAACUGAAGAACAUUUUGCAUUUUUGGAAGAAACAAUCACUUUGGAUCAAAUUAAAAAAAAAAACAUCGCUCUGGGUAUUUGCAGAUUGACGGUAGAUGUUUCGCUUCCUCAAACCAAAAUUUCGCAGAUGAUAAAACUUCGCGAACACCUAGUAAAAAUGCUUGGUGUUUACUUCGAAGAAAGAACAAAGUCAUUUUUGACGAAACGUAAAACUGAUUUAGCUGCUCCAGAAACUAUAAACUUUUUAAACAAGUUCCAAGUAGAAGAUUAGUUUUUGGAAGUUUCAACGCGUUCAAAACAAACACAGGUUUUAAACAAUUUGGCUGUUAGUAUUCCAAGACCAGUAGAAAAAUUGCUUCAAACACGAGAAGAUAUUCGGCAUAUUGAUGGCAUACCAACAAAAGUAAUAGUUAACGAAACCUUCAUGUAUAUACCCAUCACUGAGACCUUGAAGCUAAUUUUCAGAAAUCCCCAAAACAGAGAAUUAAUGACAGAUAAUUUGCCGCCAUACUCACCCCUCAAAGAAUACUCUAGUUUCCGAUCAGGAGAAACAUACCAAAACAGUGAAUAUUUUAAAAAAAUCCUUGACGCCAUACGAAUAAACCUUUAUCAAGACGACGUGGAACUCGGAAAUGCGCUGAGCUCUAGAGCAGGUCUCACAUAAAUUCCGCUGCUUGUUUCCACGGUCGCCUGUCUGACCUGACCGUCCUUGGCGCACACGACGGACUUGACGCGUCCUUUGGGCCACGAGUUGCCCGGAAGCGUGUUGUCAACCACAAUAACAAUAUCUCCUUCCUGGAUGGGCCGGACCGGUUUGAACCACUUCGUUCUUCGUGUAUGCGUUGGCACUCAUACCUUUUUAACGCGGCAGCUUUGUUGCAUGGCAGCUUGAUGUCGGUGUAGCGCCACAGGAGACCAGUUUCAUAACGCCGCCCAUCGAAUUUUGUGUCCCGCUCCAAUAGCAAAAAGGCACGUUCGUUGUCCUUGGAAUGCCUUACGUCCACAGUCUUAUCGAUGCCGAUAGAUUUCAAAGCGAAGUGUUCUUUUACUCCAGCAUUGAGUGUUUCAUCAGAGUCGUCGCAUGAACAUAUAUGGAACAACGCGAUUGUCCCAGGAUGCAAUUAUCAACGCCGAUCAAGAUGCGUGGUGCUACAUCGACAUAAGACUCCAGCGGUAAGCCCCUCAGAUGUGCAAAAUCGGCUGCGAGUUGGGAUGCGUCCAUGGUCUGCCUAGGAAGUGCCAGUUUGUGAACUGUGCGUACAGUUGACAGCUCGUAGGGCGCUGUUUUCUUCUGCUUCCCCGAUAUGUGCACUGCUACCUGUACCGAAUCGUGCUCCUCCCGCAUGACAUUUCCUGUCCACUGAAUGCACAACGGACGUGGCGUACCUUUCAAACCUAGUUCUUCGAGCAGGUCGUGAUCCAUGAAGGUGGAUGUGGAGCCGUCGUCAAAAAAUGCAUAUGUUUCGACAUUAGCUUUCGGACCAUGCAGGACUACUGGAAGGUAUUUUAAAAGAACGCUUUCGUUAGUACUUGAAUGUGUGUUAACGUGUGUACCUCUCAUUUUAUGCGCCGUCGUCCCGGGUCCUGCGAGUGAGCCUUCGAAUUGAUGCAGUAACGCGUGAUGUAGAAGAUCGCACCCAUUAACACCACAUGAGGCCGUGACGGGGCAUCUGCCGUAGUGAUGGUCGAGGCACUUGCGGCAUAAUUUGCGUUCAUUCACGAACGCCCUCCUUGAUGCUACCGACGUCCUCAAGAACUUGUUACAACUGGCCAGCGAACCACAUGUACCUCCGCACAGGAUACACACCGACGAUGAAAGGUCAACCAAAGAGUAGCCGGUAGAACGGUCUACCUGCACAACGUUAGUGUUGCAGUACGCGUUGCUUGGACGUCCCAUUCCGGAUCGAUAGCUCGGCCCAGCUGUCGUACGUGGGGUUUGCUGUUGGUUGGGUCGAGCCUGAUGAAUGCCUUUGCCCACUUCAGUGUCGGGCAUAUCAAUGACCCCACAGAGAUCGUCCGCCAAUUCUCCAAUCCAUCGUCCAAACAAGAAGAUGUUCACUUCGUGUGAUCGUUUUCUCAAUCGAGCCCACUCCAUACACAGUACUGGAGGCAGCUUCCUCGUGAGCUCCUUAAGCAACACCACGUCGUACAUGUAGACUACCAGUCCCGAUACUUGGACCGUCGCGAUCAAACGCUUCACUGCGAACCCGAAUUCUACAAUCGUGUCCAAUUUCUCCAUUCUAGGGGCGGGUAGCCGUUUAACACUCUCUACCGCUCGAUCCACAAUCAAAUCUGAUCUUCCAUACCUGGCCUUCAACGUGCUGAUUACUUCACUCAACAGCACCCGCCCGGGAACAGCAACAGGACUCCGACAGCGUCUAGUGCUGCACCUUUCAGGCAGUGUUGUAACCUCACUAAAUUUUCGUCGUCCGAAUAAUUGGAGGCAAUGGUGGUACAGGUGUAGGUGGAGAUAAAACGUGGCCACUCUUCAACUGAUCCUGUGAACGUAGGUAAAUCCCGCGGGAAACCCUGCCGUGCAGUUAUUUGUGAGUGGUUCAAAAAAGUGUUUUGUGGUGCGUGCUGUGUGCAGUUUGCGUAUGAUGUGUGCGGUUCAGUGUGUGUAGUGUACAAGGAUGGUCCUGAUUCGCGGGGUACACCCGUUCCUCUUCGUUCAAAAAUAUCGCUGGCACCAUAACCCUUACGUUUAUCAUAGAACGCGCGCUCGUUAGUGGUAACGCGUUCAUUAUAAGUGGCACGGUCAUCAUAUGCCGCGCGCUCGUUAGCGGUAACGCGUUCAUUGUAAGUGGCACGGUCAUCAUACGUCGCGCGUUCAUGAUACAUGGUGCGUUCAUCAUAGGGCAUCACACCGUAGGGCGCGCGCUUGUCACACGGCCCUUGCGCUAGUGACGUCGUUCCGUAGCCAUCACAGUACGUCACUCGUUGCCCUCGGGAUGAAGGGUUUUGACCUCUAGCCAAGCCAUUUUCUUUUUGUGGGGUUCGCCUCAUCGAACUUUCCAUGGCAAGAAUCCAUUCUUCAAACGCUUCUCGAUCAGCGCGACCCUCGGAAUUCAGCGGUUUUGAUGUUGGCGCCCCCAAACGAUCCGUUUCCCGGCACCAUUCUUCCGCUUUCUCGAGUUCGAGAAGCUCGCGAAGCUCACGGAAUUCUUGUUCGAUUUCAGCCAUUCGUUGGCGUCGUUGGUCCGUAGACAUGCGUAAACUUUCACUCACUAUCCUCCUUUCGCUUCCCGUCUCGCCUUCGUGGCUAUGGUAAGACUCACCCGAGCAGCCCGUGUGCACUGCUGGUAUCUUAGAUUCAGCAUUCCUCAUUGUCUCGCCAUGCACCUGCCUUUCCAAUUUGCUCUGGCUCGUGCUCGCUUCCAAAGCGGAUUGCCGCGUACUCUAACUUUCCGGAAUCGAGCUCGUUGACGCCCUGGUUACUUGAACUCCAUCACGCCUCGUAGCCGGAUUCACGAUGGGUGUAGAGUUGCACUCCUGUACUGCCCUGCACACCUCCUGCUGGUUUUCUAUCUUGUCUUACUUGCACUGCAAAUUUGCCACUACACAGAAUAAUGCGAACGCGGAUUUUUCGGUGUUGUUACGCGGUUAUAAAGGCGGUAUAGUUUGCUCGAAACUAAUUUUUUGGAAUGUUAGAAAUUCUAACAUGAAAUUAACAACCAAAUUUUUUAGGCUGGUGGACGAGUGCCAAAAAAUUAGUUUUUAUUCUACACUGGUCGAAAUCGUGUUAGAGAAAGGCCGAAAGUUGAGAUCUUUCACCUAUUUAUAUGUUUUUGUCCCUCAUAACGCUGACAGUGCCGUGGAACCUUAUAAAUGUACCAACACAUGGCUUUAACAAGAUCUUGGAACCUCUUAUUCAUGACCUCCGAAAACUGGAACACGGAGUAGACGUUUUCUACGGAACAGAAAAAUAUACCAUACGAGCAGUGGUAACGAUGUUCUGCGGUGAUACACUGGCUGUACAUGAGGUUUUCGGACUACUGGGACCCAUGGCAAAGUUCUUUUGCAGACUUUGCACUAUACCAAGACCAGCAUUUCACCAGAAUCCGUUCCAAAAUUUUCCCAUGCGUACGAAAGAGUGGUAUGAACUCAACUUGGAGAAAGUUAAUUCAGGAGCUAUGAAGCCUUCAGAUUGUGGAUUGAAACGUGGUAAUUGCAUAUUAAAUGAGCUACAAUACUAUCACAUUACACAAAAUUUUGCUUUGGAUACUAUGCAUGGCAUAGGGGAAGGAUUGGUGCCAAUAACUAUACAGCUAGUACUAGGUCACUAUCACAAAAUUAAGUCGUUGGGUUUCAGUGCAUCAUUCAUCAUUUAAAAAAUAAAAUAAAAAAUUUAAAAGAUAAAUGCAUGUAUCGCAUACAUUUAUUUGCCUAUGGAUACAUCGACAAAAAGAAUAGAGCAUCGGCGAACUUUACUGAUGAAAUGAAUUGCAAUGCUAUCUAAACCCAGUAGUUACAAACUCAAACAGACUGCAUCACAAAACCUGCUACUACUACGUUCUUUUCCUUUUUUGUUUGCUGACAAAGUUCCCGCUAAUUGCGAGUAUAUGCGUAUGAUCGGUCAUUUGUUGAAUAUAACUCGUAUUUUGAUGUCUACAAUAAUAUCUGACCAUAUGUUAGUAUCAUUAGAAGAACUUAUUCGGUUGUAUGAGGAGUCAUUUUACAAAAAAAUUCAACGAAGACUUAACAAAAAUCACCACCUUGACCAUUACAUCCAGUGUAUUAAAAAGAGCGGAAAUCUGAAACAGUAUAAUUGUUUAGUGUUCGAGCAAAAGAACAAACCAAAUAAAAAUCAAUCAUCAACUUGUAGAAAUUUUAAAAAUAUAUGCAAAAGCUUAGCACGACAAUGCUUUACAAUGGCCAUAGAUAUUCUAAAUAAUCCAUUUACUGAUAAUUUUACAUAUUACGGUGGAAACUUAGUUAAGCAAGAACAUUGUAACAGUGUUUGCUUCAUAGACUAGUGUGUUCCACAUAUUUUUGUACCCAACAAAGCAACAGUAAAUGGGAUCGACUUCAGAAAAAACUUGCUAGUGUGCAUAAAAAAUCACGAAAAUGAAUAUUACCCGUUGUAUGGUAUUAUUGUCGAGAUAGUGGUUAUGGACAGUGCUAUGUUUUUGCUGAUAAAAUUAUUCAAAACUAAUGGAUAUAAUGAUUGUCUAGAAGCGUACGAAGUUGCAGUAGGACGAACUGAAAAAUUUGUUUCGUUUGAAGAAAUCCAUUCGCAUACUACCUUUGCCUUUUGGUCACCAUUUGGAAGUGAUAAAAAAUAUGUCUGUAAGGAUAUUGACAUGUACCAAUUACAUUCAAAUGUACUCACCUUGGUUGCAAAACAUCGCACUACUGUCAAAAUGUCACAAUACGUAUUGUCACAAAGAGCACAUGUUUAAGGUAGAAGAAGACAGGUAACGCGUCACUCUUCAGUUCCCAUUGCCACGCCGUGAGCAGCAGACCAAUAAAGUGCGCUUCUUAAAACAUGGUCUCAGAAGUUUAUCAUAACUAAAAGGGAACCUGAUAUAAAUACUUAUAAAGUGCUCAUCGUAAAAAUAUGGCAUCCGAUCCAAGAUUACCGCAGCCGCUUGAUUGUGAUAACUUAGCAAAAGAAUGGCCUCGCUGGAAACAAUCGUUCGCUAUUUACUUGCGUGCUAGUGGCAAAAUAACAGAAAAGGAAGAGAACAAAGUUGCCACAUUUCUAUGGACAAUUGGACCACGAGGUGUGGAAAUUUUCAACACUCUGUACCCCGACGCUGCAAAUGCUGCAAAUCUCUUCGGCGAAAAUGAAAGUGAGGUCGAGGACGAAGGUGUUGCCGACGCGGCUGAAGAAGAGGGAGAAGCGAUGUCUCUUAAAAAGGUAAUUGCAGCAUUUGAUGAUUACUGCUUGCCAAAAAGAAAUGCUGCAAUGGAAGCGUUCAAGUUCCAUAAAAUUGCACAAAAAGAAAAGCAAACGUUCGCGGAAUUUGAAACUGAACUACGAACGCAAGCCCAGUUUUGUGAAUUUCAGUGUUUGAAAUGCAACACUCCAUACACUGAUCGUAUGCUGCGCGACCGAAUAAUUAUUGGCAUCAACGAUAAAUCUCUCCAGCACAAAUUGCUGGAUCGACACGACGCCACGCUCAACAAAGUCGUAGAAACAUGCAAACUAUUUGAGGUGACUUCGGAUAACAAGCAAGUGUUGGAGGAAAAGUUGAGCCUGCAUGAGGUUAAAAAGGAAGAACGACAAUCGGAGGAUGAGCGGCAAGUAGCAGCAGUUAAUUGCAUGUCAGAUUAAUUGAUAACUAA